UACGAGAUGAGGAUAGGCAGGGGUGCCACUGAGGACUGAGGAAGGGCCCAGGUGGGUGAGGGAGGUGCUCGGCUGGCCCUAGAAAAGCUCUGGGAGCGACGGCCUCAGUUACCACGGGCUGCUGCCUGCUGACACGACCUUUCCGUCUCUGGUCUGAAGAGGGGCUCCCGUGGUUAUCACUGGAGGCACCGAACAUGCUUCUGAAAGCCCCAGAGAAACUUCAGCAAAAAUAUGGCCUAUCCCAAACCAGGCCAAACCGCGGGCCCUGAGCCCUCCCCCUCAGCCGAGCCGGGCCGAGGGCGCAUUUGGUGAGAGUCUGGCGGCCUCUACCGGAGCGCCUCUGCAGAGGGCCGUUCCUCCAGCCCGGGGACGACAUGUGGCGCUCGGGAGAGCACCUUGCAGAACAAGGAGUAGCUUGCUGGCUUUGAACGCGUGGCACAUAUUUCAGAAAGCUUCAAGAUCAAGUUGGAGAAAAGAACAGUUAUUCUUCCAAAUUCAUCUGCUUCAACUAUUAUUCUUAUUGGGAAUGGACAAUGGAAUGUUCUCUAGCUUUAUCAUGAUCAAAAACCUCCUUGUCUUAUGUAUUUCCAUGAACUUAUCCAGUCACUUUGGCUUUUCACAAAUGCCAACCAGUUCUGGAAAAGAUGAGACCAAUGAUAACAUCACAAUAUUUACGAGGAUCUUGGAUGGACUCUUGGAUGGCUACGACAACAGACUCCGGCCCGGGCUGGGAGAGCGAAUCACUCAGGUGAGGACGGACAUCUACGUCACCAGCUUCGGCCCAGUGUCCGACACGGAAAUGGAGUACACCAUAGAUGUGUUUUUCCGACAAAGCUGGAAAGACGAAAGGCUUCGGUUUAAGGGGCCCAUGCAGCGCCUCCCUCUCAACAACCUUCUUGCCAGCAAGAUCUGGACCCCAGACACGUUCUUCCACAACGGGAAGAAGUCCAUCGCGCACAACAUGACCACGCCCAACAAGCUGCUGCGGCUGGAGGACGACGGCACACUGCUCUACACCAUGCGCCUGACUAUCUCUGCUGAGUGCCCCAUGCAACUUGAAGACUUCCCUAUGGAUGCCCACGCUUGCCCUCUGAAAUUUGGCAGCUAUGCGUACCCUAAUUCCGAGGUCGUGUACGUCUGGACCAACGGCUCCACCAAGUCCGUGGUGGUGGCAGAAGAUGGCUCCAGACUGAACCAGUACCACCUGAUGGGGCAGACGGUGGGCACGGAGAACAUCAGCACCAGCACAGGUGAAUACACAAUCAUGACGGCUCAUUUCCACCUGAAAAGGAAGAUUGGGUACUUUGUCAUCCAGACCUACCUUCCCUGCAUAAUGACCGUGAUCUUAUCACAGGUGUCCUUUUGGCUGAACCGGGAAUCAGUCCCAGCCAGGACAGUUUUUGGGGUCACCACAGUGCUGACCAUGACCACCCUCAGCAUCAGUGCCCGGAACUCUCUGCCCAAAGUCGCCUACGCCACCGCCAUGGACUGGUUCAUAGCCGUGUGCUACGCCUUCGUCUUCUCUGCACUGAUCGAGUUUGCCACAGUCAACUACUUCACCAAGAGGGGCUGGGCCUGGGACGGCAAAAAAGCCUUGGAAGCCGCCAAGAUCAAGAAAAAAGAACGUGAACUCAUCCUAAAGAAGUCAACAAAUGCUUUUACGACCGGGAAGAUGACCCACGCCCCAAACAUCCCAAAGGAGCAGACCCCCGCAGGGACCUCUAAUGCAUCUUCAGUCUCAGUGAAACCUGAGGAGAAGCCUUCCGAAAGCAAAAAGACUUACAACAGCAUCAGCAAGAUUGACAAAAUGUCCCGAAUUGUAUUCCCAGUCUUGUUCGGCACUUUCAACUUAGUUUACUGGGCAACAUAUUUGAAUAGGGAGCCGGUGAUUAAAGGAGCUGCCUCUCCAAAAUGACCCACCGCGCUCCCAAACUCAAAGAGAGCCAUACUCCCAGCGAAGUUGUACCACGGAGGGCUUGAGCUCAGAGGGCCUCUCCACGUUUGGGCACUCUCUUUCAGGAAAUUUUUGCAUGUUUAAUAAUAUGUACAAUUAAUAUUGCCUUGAUGUUUCUAUAUGUUACUUCAGAUGUUUCAAAGAUGUCACAUUGGUAAAUAAAGCAAACAACUUUCUAGAAAAACAGGAGACGAUGACUGACACUCAGAUACUCAGUAUCUUACAUUGAUAGUUUACAAACAAGAUAAGUCUAUUUUUAACUGCUCCAAGUGUUACCUAAUGAUGUUUUCUAUACUUCCAGUGUCAUUUCAUACAAAUUUUCCCAGCAAAGAAAUAUUUUAGGAAUGCUCCAUGGUUAUUACUUGACCAACUAGUGCAAGAAACGAAGAUCACAAAGAGCACAUUUUUCAUUACGAGGAAACUUGGACAUUUAUGUACAAAAUGAAUUGCCUUUGAUAAUUCUUACUGUUCUGAAAUUAGAAAAGUACUGCAUGAUCUUACAUGAAGAAAUAGAAUAGGCAAACGUUUAUACAGACAAAUUUAAUAACAGAAAUAUAUAGUAUGUUAGAUCAACAGAUAAAAUAUUUCCCCGGGGGAAAAGUUUAACUACUUAAAAAUUCUUUUUUUUUUCCUUUGGAAAAGAAAUUUAUUUCCCACCCCACCUACACCUCCCACUAACCAGGAAAGAAAAGGCAAUGUGAAAACGAGAAGAUGUGUGAUGACAUUCUCGGCAUUUGGCACAUACGUUCGCUGUCUCUGAAACAUUGACCACCUCUCCCUGCAGCCAGCGUGUAGUGCUUCAGUGGUGAGACAUUGUAAUUGAGUUAUUUUCCUUUUUAUUUCCAUGUAUGUAUUUCAUGAUUGACUUAUGGCUCUGUUAGCUUUUGUAUAUGAAUCUUAAAUGUUCAAUAAAAAAUGAACUAAUCUUGUG